CGUAAAGAUUGCAUCACGUCAUCAUGUCGAAGCUCGAGCUCGUAGGGAACGAUAGCGAUUCCGAUUCAUUCCUUUUGGAAUGAUGUUGUCACGAUUAAGUAAUAGCGUACUCCAGGAAACAAGCAACUUCUAGUACUCGAAUUUUAUUCUGACAGCGACAACAGAGCUUAUGUUUGCUUUAUCGUGUUUGAUAUUGCUGCUGUGUAAAAUUCCUAUCCCUCAUGUGUUGCUGCUCUUGGUUUUGACUUUGACAUUGAUAUGGUAACGCUAAAGGUAAUGUAUGAUAUAGUUCUAGUUUAUCAUCUUUCAUCAUUGAUGUUGCAGCAGACUUUUGGUCAGUUUUGUAUUUGAGGAGCCAUUGGUUCAUAUUACAGUGCAAAAUUUAAACUUCCCUCGCUCUGGAAUGCUACACAGCAACAUUAUCGAUUUUUACAACUACGUCCAUCUAGAUUUAUGUUUGUUGUAUUGAUGCAGUCAUGAGCUUUUCCUUUUUCCCAUCUUCAGCGCGCAACAAGAAAAGUUCCUGCAAGCAGAAGUUCCUUUCUCGCAAAAUGAAAUUUCUUCCAAACUUUUCCAACCAGCUCUCCAGUGUAGCAUGUUUCUUGUUUUUGGGCACCAUUAGUACAAGGAGUACAGCAACAUUGGUAGAUGCAAAAUCUAUGUUGCUCCCUCCGGACGAAAAAACGAAAACUCGUUUUGAUCAGGAAAAUCCCACGACGAUGGUGCCCAUUACGACAGAAAGUAGAACAGCCGCCAGCAGUCUUGACGAGCAGCGGGGACCGGUAGAUGAAACUGCUGGUUGCAGAAAAUCCUUCCGGCGAGCUGCGGUUGUAGAUAAUCAACAUUGUGCAACAAGCGACGGCAACAAGAGCAGCAGCUCGUCGUCCGACGUACUCUCUUCAGUUGGCGGGUCGCCUGCUGCGAAGCGCCGCAAAGUGGAGUUUUUUCAGGACGAGAUUCCCAGCGAAGCCUUACCCUGGCUAAAGGACCAAAUCGGGACGGCGCCGCGGUUGAAACGCGAGAGACCUCCACAGGAAGACGAUUGUAUUGAUGGCAGUUAUAGAUAUAGAAGUAGAACCGCUAGUGGUAGUGCCUCCGCGUCAUCCUCCUCUUCGGCGCUACUGCUGCGCGAAGGAGCAGAAGUAUGUAACCUCGGUCGGGGCUCCUUCUUGACCAAAAGGCGACGAGUAGAAUUCAGCUGCAGCAACACCGGCGGGGUUCCACCAACAUCUGGAAGAAGACGCAGUAGAAGAUCGUUCUUGGAGGAAACAAGAGCAGCGUGGGGCGCGGCGAGCAGCAGCACCAGUUCAGGAAGUAGCGCUGCGGGGAGUGGCGACGAACAAGAUUAUACUAGUUCGCAGCAGAGACCAGCACAACAACCGGAGCAGGAGCCCGACACUGAUACGACGACCGCGAGUCCCGGGAAAAGUCCCGGGGGAGGACAAGACGACCAUGGCAAUAGAGACGCAGAUGAGCAAACCAGUACGGAAGUAAACUCGGAAACGGAAGACGACGAGCAGCUUGAGCACGACGAUGAUCUUUUUCUAUCAAGAGUUAAAGGUAGAGUGGAUCAACGUGGCCUAGAAGAACUACAACAAUCUGAAUCUGCACGACCCGCCUACACCCCUGCCGAGAAGCAUCACAGAAAAAUUCUGAUGACAUUACGGCAAAAACCGUUGGAGUCCUGCGAAGUGGAAGCGAAAAAAACGGAAAAGUGGGUGGAGCACCAGGAAAAGACCUACAUUUAUUUUGACGGGAGAAGACCAUCUUGGCCAAAAAUGAGUAGUCCUUCCGGCGCUCUCGCUUCGACCACCGCAGGACGAGCGGCUUCAGCAUCUUCCUCGACAGGAGAACCACAAAUAGCCGCUGGGCAGCACAAGCAAGUCUUUUUUGAAAAGUACCCGAGUGCUUUUCAGUUCAAACACGAUCAGGAGAGGAAGUGCGAGAUUUUCGAAGCGAUGGUGCUGCGGAUCGUAAAAGCCGCCAGCUUGGAAGAUUACCACCCGUUCCCGUCGAUUUGCAAUGACUGGGUGCGGAUGUGUAAUGUGAAUGCGCAGCAGGCUGACGGAGAUGGAGCUGUACCGCGGUCAUCUUCAUCAACUAGUAGUUUUCCUACAGCACCACAGGCCGCGGGACCACAUCGGCCACAGCACGAAAGGGGUACAACUGCUGGUAGCCGCCACACCGCGCAAGUGGACUUUCUGCAAAAGCUGGUCGAUAAAGCGGAGAGGAAAGUGACCUCGAUCAUUCACACACGGAAAAUCAAUCUAGGGCACGACGAUCGACGUCACGUCGUGCCAACAAGUACUACGGACGACGUCGAACAAGAUCAUGGCGAUGACUUUGUGAGCAUUCGUUUCGUCGGCGACCAGUGUUCCAAGGCGGUUCGAUUCAACAAAAACGCCCUGGUGGCGGAGUUGUUUCAGGAAGCGGCCCGGUUGUUUGAAAACCCAGAGAACGCGAGGGAGAACAUCGACGAAAGCGUGAUUGAUUUGUUGUACCCCAUGGAUAGCAGCGCAUCGGCCAGCGGCUCAUGGUCCGCCGGAAGUGGGGCGAUGUCCUCUGGAGAAGCUGCACCAGCUGCGCAGCAUCAAGUGUUCUACCCCAUGCGCGGAUUUCUGCAGCAAGACGAGUCGGAGUCUUUGGCUAACUCGGGUCGGUUUGACAACUCCAUUGCCCUCCACGUCCGGGUGAUGAAACCGAGGAGCAAGCGCUCGCGGGGAGAUGUUGAAGAUGAUACAACCACGGGGGCGGUCGUGGGGAUGCCCUGGUGUGGAAAAAUAGUAGACGGCGACCCUCCUGGUUCUGUGGACUUUCACUUUGACGAGGUUGAUGAAGAAGAUGAAAUGGACUACGAUAUGGAAGACCAACAGGGUUUGGGUUCGGCGUCACAACAACAGCACGAGCCGACCUCUGCUAGUUCAACAGAAAUAUUAUUACCUGGCAGCGUCGCAACGGCCGCUGCCGCACCGGCGGAGGCCAAUAGCACUAUGGCAGCAGCGCAUGCGCAGUCAGGACAAGGUGGACGAGAUUCGGAUCCAAUUAUUACGACGAGAUUGCCACACCCGUUGCUGCAACAGGCCCUGAACAAUAUCAGCAUGGCAGCAGCGCAGUCAGGACAAGGUGGAGGACGAGAUGAUUCGGAUCCAAUUAUUACGACGAGAUUGCCACACCCGUUGCUGCAACAGGCCCUGAACAAUAUCAGCAAUGAAAACCGCAACCGCGCCGCUAAUCUGAAUCAUGGCAAUGGGGUGUCAAUGUUCUUACCCGGUUCGCCUGAUAGUAGUACAAUGGGAGCAGGUGGAGGUGACUCGUCGCCACCAUUGUCCCCGCGUCCGUUUGAACUCGUCGAGGGAACCUACCACAUCGGGCCGGACAUGCGCUUGCACAGGGUGCAGAGGUACCCGCCUGUGUAGGUCCGCCUUUCUUAGAUUGAGCGAUUGCUUCAGGGGGGAUGAACGAGGUGGAUGUGCAGGCACGGUCACGGAAGAAUCUUCUGAGAGUGGUUCUAGCAGGUCGAUUUUUGGAUUAUGGAAGAAACAAAUAUACUAAGUACAUAAAUCAAGGUCAUAAUCGCCGGCGGCAGAUUCUUUUUCAGACUUAAUAACUCAGCAGUUGCGCAUACGUGUCUUAUUUUGAAAAAUUAAACCACGCACCUGCACAGCUCACCUAUCUUGAUGUGUCGCGAACCUGUAAUGAGACUUGAAAACGUCGAGAAAUAAACCGGCACUUUUUAUUCGAGAAAGAAAAAAUGAAUUAGAUGAAUCAUUCCUUCGAAAUUUGAGAAAGCCAAGUUUUUUCUGCGGUAGGAGAAACACAUACACAAGGAGAAAAGAACCAUGUUGAUGUUGGUUGCGGGAUGAAUAAAUAGAUUCUAUCUAAGCAAAAACCAUUAUCUUAUGACACAGAAGAACGUGCAGAAGUUGUAACCACAGUGUGUUGAUUGUGUAGCAAAUGGGAUUUUUUUCUCCUUCAACAGCGACAAGAC